GUCAUGGAGGCGCCCGGCCGCAGGUUGGAGCCGCCGCAGCUCCCCGAGUACAGCGGCAGCUACGUGGUGUCGAGGCCGGUGUACAGCGAGCUCGCCUUCCAGCGGCGGUACGAGCGGCGCCUGCAGGAGCGCAGGACGCUGCGGGAGCGCCUGGCGCGGAGCUGCAGCUGUUCAAGAAAAAGAGCCGUUGGCGUGCUGAAGACUCUCUUGCCCAUCUUGGACUGGCUCCCCAAAUACCGAGUCAAGGAAUGGCUGCUCAGUGACAUCAUCUCGGGAGUUAGCACUGGGCUAGUGGGUACCCUGCAAGGUAUGGCGUACGCUUUACUAGCUGCAGUUCCUGUUGGAUAUGGCCUCUACUCUGCUUUUUUCCCUAUCCUGACAUACUUUAUCUUCGGAACAUCAAGACACAUCUCAGUUGGACCUUUCCCAGUGGUCAGUUUGAUGGUGGGAUCUGUUGUUCUGAGCCUGGCCCCGGAUGAAAAAUUUCUCAUACCCAGCAGUAAUGGAACUAUAUCAAAUGCUACCAUGAUAGACAAUGGGGCUAGAGAUGCAGCAAGAAUAUUGAUUGCAAGCACACUUACUCUUUUGGUUGGAAUCAUACAGUUGGUGUUUGGGGGUUUGCAGAUUGGAUUCAUAGUGAGGUACUUGGCUGACCCUUUGAUUGGCGGAUUCACAACAGCUGCUGCCUUCCAAGUGUUGGUCUCCCAGCUAAAGAUCAUUCUCAACGUUUCAACCAAGAACUAUAAUGGAGUUCUCUCCAUUAUCUAUACUCUGGUUGACACUUUUCAAAAUAUUGGUAACACCAAUCUUGCUGAUUUCAUUGCUGGAUUACUCACCAUUAUCAUCUGUAUGGCAGUUAAGGAAUUAAAUGAUCGAUUUAGACACAAAAUCCCGAUCCCUAUUCCUAUUGAAGUAAUUGUGACAAUAAUUGCUACUGCCAUUUCAUAUGGAGCCAACCUGGAAAAAAAUUACAAUGCUGGCAUUGUUAAAUCCAUCCCAAGGGGGUUCUUGCCUCCUGCACUGCCACCUGUGAACUUGUUUUCUGAGAUGCUGGCUGCAUCGUUUUCCAUUGCUGUGGUGGCUUACGCUAUUGCAGUGUCUGUAGGAAAAGUAUACGCCAUCAAGUAUGACUACGCCAUCGAUGGGAACCAGGAAUUCAUUGCCUUUGGGAUUAGCAACAUCUUCUCCGGGUUCUUCUCGUGUUUCGUGGCUACCACCGCCCUGUCCCGCACAGCUGUCCAGGAGAGCACGGGGGGAAAGACACAGAUUGCUGGCAUCAUCUCGGCUGGGGUUGUGAUGAUCGCCAUCCUUGCCUUGGGGAAGCUGCUGGAACCCUUGCAGAAGUCGGUCUUGGCAGCUGUUGUAAUUGCCAACCUGAAAGGGAUGUUUAUGCAAGUGUGUGAUGUUCCUCGUCUAUGGAGGCAGAACAAGAUUGAUGCUGUUAUCUGGGUGUUUACAUGCAUAGUGUCCAUCAUCCUGGGGCUGGACCUUGGUUUACUAGCUGGCCUUAUAUUUGGAUUACUGACGGUGGUCCUGAGAAUUCAGUUUCCCUCCUGGAACGGUCUUGGAAGCAUUCCUAACACAGACAUCUACAAGAGUACCAAGGACUACAAAAACGUUGAAGAACCGGAAGGAAUGAAGAUUCUUAGGUUUUCUAGUCCUAUUUUUUAUGGCAACGUCGAUGGUUUUAAAAAAUGUAUCAAGUCUACAGUUGGAUUUGAUGCCAUGAGAGUGUAUAACAAGAGGCUGAAAGCACUGAGGAAAAUACAGAAACUCAUCAAAAAAGGGCAAUUAAGAGCAACUAAGAAUGGCAUUAUAAGUGGUGCUGGUUCAUCAAAUAAUGCUUUUGAGCCCGAUGAAGAUAUUGAAGACCCAGAAGAACUUGAUAUCCCAACCAAGGAAAUAGAGAUUCAAGUGGAUUGGAAUUCUGAGAUUCCAGUGAAAGUGAAUGUUCCCAAAGUGCCAAUCCACAGCCUCGUGCUUGAUUGUGGAGCUGUAUCUUUCUUGGAUGUUGUUGGAGUGAGGUCAUUGCGAGUGGUUGUCAAGGAAUUCCAAAGAAUUGAUGUAAAUGUGUACUUUGCAUCGUUUCAAGAUCACGUAAUAGAAAAGCUGGAGAAAUGUGGUUUCUUUAACGAUAACAGAAAGGAUAUAUUCUUUUUGACUGUCCAUGACGCUGUUCUCCACGUACAGAACCGGGUUAAAUCUCAAGAAAUUCAAGAUUCCAUUUUAGAAACGAUCUCCCUCAUCCAGGACCAUAAAGAUCCUCUUGAAUUAAUGGAAGCAGAGCUGAUUGAAGAAGAACUUAAUGUCGAGGAUGAGGCUAUGCGUAGCCUUGCUUCCUGAAAGCGGGCUCAGGGGCCACAAUAAGCAAGGACUGCAAGGCAGAGUUCAACCACCAAUGUUAUUCUAUGCAAGCGUUUUCUGCAUCGACUACUUCUUUGGACUUGAAACACUCAUUCAUUUUCCAUUCGAUUUUUAAAAUAUACAUAUUUUUAUUGAUUUCAGAGAAGAAGAAGAGAGAGGGAGAGAGAGAUAGAAACACCAAUGAUGAGAGAGAACCAUCGAUUAGCUGCCCCACACUGGGGAUCGAGCCCGAAACCUGGGCAUGUGCCCCAACCAGGAAUUGAACCAAGACCUCCACUUCAUAGGUCGAUGCUCAACCACUGAGCCACACCAGUUGGGCCCAUUAGAUUUUUUAAAAACCUUUGUGUGUGUGUUUUUAAACAUCUUAACCAUUGAAAGAAAGAGAUUUAAAAUUGUUUCUAGGCUUUAUUUAUAAAAUAAAUAGCUUACCUCCAAAAUGUGUAAAAUGGUGAGGAGAAUUACCCUGGCAAUGUAACAAUGUCUAGCUAGCACCUGCUUAUGUCAUGCUGCUGUUCCUCGGACACGUUGGCUAACACUGUUCGUGUGGGAACUGGGUACCUCUGUUCAGUCGGGAUAAGUGUGACCCCACAGCCCCUGUGGGCAGUUGAGCCAGGAAUGAUUAUCAUGAAAACAUUCCAUUUCUGACCGGCCUGCAUGCCCAUGAGCUGCACUGAAUCACAGGGUGAGGGCCCACCGAGUAAAUGCUGAUAUAGAAUUGUUAAUGCAUUUAUCAAUAAAGACCUUCAAAAAUCACUUUUGGUAAACACAUCGAAGAGUUUUUAAAAUGCAAAUUGGGUUAUUACUUAAUUAUGAAUGUUACAGUGACCAUAUAUGUAACCAGAAUUCAGAAUCAAGGUCCACUUCAAAGCUGCAGAACUAAACUGAUAUAUUUUAAAAGCAUUGAUUUAGAGAGGUGAAGCAGUAAGAAGAAGAUUAUUGUGGUUUAUCAAAAUCACCUUUUGAUAUGAUAAUCAUGGAUCACAAUUAGGAUCAAAUAAAAUAUAUGAAAGACUAUCUCUGCCUUAAAAAUGCAAUGUUAACUUAGUUUAUAGAAAUAAUCAUUGUGUAGAGUUACAUAGCGGUAUGGUCUAUUUAAAACCUACUACAAAAAUUGUGUUAUUUUGAACAAAAAACAAUUUUGAUAUGUUUGUAAGACUGUGGUGAUUAAAAUAAGUUUAUGUUUUUCUCUAAAAUUUAGCAAUAUGUAAAGUAAGUCAUCUUUAACUGAAUUCUGACCACCUUUCAAAAAAAUCUAAAAAGUAAAUAAUUUGGAUAUAACUCUAUGUUUAAAAUGAGUUUUUUAGGACAGAACAGUCUACAUGAACUCAAUAGCAAAAGAAAAAAGUGGUUUGGCAUAUUUACAUUGAAAAUGUUUAGGUUUUUAAAAAUCCAUAUUUUGAGCCAGAAAAUAUGUUAAUUUUACUUAAUCUUUUCUGACUGCCAACAAUUUUCUAGGCAUUAUAUAUAAUACAUAAGCCGUGGUUCCGAGGACUAUUCCUAUAUACAGGGUGUCCCCCCAAAAUGUAUACACACUUUAACAGCUGAUAGUUCAAUUUUGAAAAUAAAAUGUAUUUUAAUAAACACUGCCUUUAUAAUUAUUCAAAGUGUGUGUAUACAUUUUGGGGGGACACCCUACAUUUCAUGCUCAAGUAAAUGAAGUUGUACUUCAUUUCUAGAGAAAAAUAAACUCAGGUCCCCAACGGACACAAUGUCUUACAUGGUUGAGAAUUAUAUCCUACCUUUGGCACAGAUAUGGGAAAUUCCCAAAUCCAAGGGCAGCAUGUCUUACCUCUGUUUUUUCUUAUAUAAAUGAGAAACAAGGUCUCUACUUCUGAAGGAAUAUCAUCAGUGAUCAUACCAAAUUGGUUAAAAGAAUCAUCGUCGCCACCCCCACCCCUAUUCUGCACAUUGGAAUUUGAAUUAGUUGGAAUGGAUUGUGAUGUUACAAUAAUCUUUCAUGCUCAUGGGUUAUUCUGUCUUUAAUUGACUUAGAACAGAUUUCUCCCCAUGCUGAGUACAGUAUAACCAGGAUUAUGUUAUCUCAUUUUCACAGUAAUACCCGCUUAUAAUGGCAACAAAUCAUAUCUCUAAAGAGUGAAUAUAAAAGUCUUGCAGAAAAUGGAUGAAUACCUCUGUUCAAUAGAGGAAAUAUGCACUGCUUAUUUUUUUUAUUAGUUGAAGGAAAUAACCAAAGUAAUCCUUUACAAUAAGGCUAGAGUUUUGUGAAAUCCUGGUUCCAUUUGUGACCAUAUAAGACCAGGGUAUUUGACUAGUUUCCCAAGCAAUAGGAAUACGGUCUCUUCCAUGCGUUUUUAAAUAAUAUAAAUAUUUUAAUUCUGUAUUGCCAAUGGAAAAUUUACUUGAAAUUAAAAUUGUUUUUUGUUAUGUUUUUAACCUAUAUAAGAGUCCAGUGUUGUAUAUGAAUUUCAAUAACUAAAGAUAUCGAAUUGUACAUUUGGAAA